AUGGCCACGUUCGUCUGGUGGCUGGCGGCCUGCUGCCUGCUCCACGCCGCCACCGCCGGCAACCCUGACGCUAAGCGGCUCUACGAUGACCUUUUAUCUAACUACAACAAGCUGGUGCGACCGGUCGUCAACACUACCGACGUGCUACGUGUCUGCAUCAAGCUCAAGCUCAGUCAGCUCAUCGAUGUCGUAAGUAUAAUGACGACAAACCUAUGGGUGGAGCAGUCGUGGUAUGACUACAAACUACGCUGGGAGCCCAAGGAGUACGGCGGCGUUCACAUGCUGCACGUACCCUCCGACCACAUCUGGCGGCCGGAUAUCGUGCUCUACAACAAUGCCGACGGCAACUUCGAAGUAACAUUGGCGACCAAGGCGACCAUCUACCACCAGGGGCUGGUCGAAUGGAAACCGCCCGCCAUUUACAAGUCUUCCUGUGAAAUAGACGUGGAAUAUUUUCCGUUCGACGAGCAAACAUGCGUUCUUAAGUUCGGUAGCUGGACCGCCGACGGCAACUACGAGGUGACACUGAUGACCAAGGCCACCGUGUACUACAACGGCAUGGUGGUGUGGCAGCCGCCUGCCGUCUAUAAGUCCUCGUGCUCGAUCGACGUCGAGUUCUUUCCUUACGACGUGCAAACCUGUGUGCUUAAGUUAGGCAGCUGGACGUAUGACGGCUUCAAGGUGACGCCCCGCUGUACGCUGCUUGCGCCGCGCGUGCGGGCCGUAGCCGUGGACUUGCGGCACAUGGACGAGCAGGCGGGUAGCAACGUGGUGUCAGUGGGAGUCGAUUUAUCAGAGUUCUACAUGUCCGUCGAGUGGGACAUACUAGAGGUGCCUGCCGUAAGAAACGAGAAAUUUUAUACGUGUUGUGACGAGCCCUACUUAGAUAUCACAUUCAACAUUACCAUGCGGAGAAAAACGUUAUUCUACACAGUGAACAUCAUUAUCCCGUGCAUGGGGAUAUCCUUCCUCACUGUCCUCACUUUUUAUCUGCCUUCGGAUAGCGGAGAAAAAGUGACACUGUCCAUUUCAAUCCUGAUUAGUCUCCACGUGUUCUUCCUGCUGGUAGUGGAGAUCAUCCCCCCCACUUCGCUGGUUGUGCCCCUGCUGGGAAAAUACCUUAUAUUCGCUAUGAUACUCGUAUCUAUAAGUAUAUGUGUUACGGUGGUGGUGCUGAACGUGCACUUCAGAUCUCCGCAGACGCACCGCAUGGCGCCGUGGGCAAAACGGGUGUUCAUACAUAUAUUGCCAAGGUUGCUGUUCAUGAAACGACCACAAUAUAAGUUCGACACUACCAGUAUGGGUGAGAGCAAUCGUUUCGGUGGUAGCUGCAUGGUGCACGGGUCCAAUGAGGGUGUCGGCCCGGGGCUGGCGGGUAUGACGGCCCCCGACGACGAGACCCUUAGUCCCGUGCCUGACCCGCCGCCCGGGUUCAGCCAUUCCGCAUGUCCCCCUGAAGUACACAGGACUUGCUUCUGCGUCAAGUUUAUUGCCAAUCACACUAGAAUGAUCGAGGAGUCCACUAAGGUAAAAGAAGAUUGGAAAUAUGUGGCGAUGGUAUUGGAUCGUCUAUUCCUAUGGAUCUUCACUCUAGCAGUGCUGGUGGGUACAGCGGGCAUCAUAUUGCAAGCACCAACGUUGUAUGACGACCGUGUCCCGAUCGACAAGCACUUCAACCAGUACGCCACCUCGUCACUUGUACGAUGUCCACCGCCCGCGUAA